UUCCUCAGCAUCGGGCUAGCUGCUCACCAGCUAGUGCACCGCGUACCUCGCUCACCCACAGUUCAGAUAUGAUGAGCGGACAGACGAGUGCGGUUGUUGUAGGGGCGUGUGGGGCCCUUUUCGUCGCAUACUGUAUUUAUUUUGACAGAAAGCGGCGGAGUGACCCCCUCUUCAAGGAAAAGCUGCGUGAGCGUAGAAGAAAUCAAAACGUUUCUAGUGAAAAGUCUGGAUUGGCGAGGCUGCCUGACUUAAAGGACGCGGAAGCUGUUCAGAAAUUCUUUUUGGAGGAAAUCCAGCUGGGAGAGGAGCUCCUUUCACAAGGUGACUUUGAGAAAGGAGUGGACCACCUGACCAAUGCGAUUGCAGUGUGCGGUCAACCCCAGCAACUGCUGCAGGUGCUGCAGCAGACACUGCCGGCUCCAGUCUUCCAAAUGCUGCUCACCAAACUGCCCACCAUCAGCCAGCGAAUCAUCGGCUCUCAGCCUUUGACAGAAGACGACGUUGAAUGAAUGUGUAUGAGAUGGAAAUCUGGGAGCAAAUUCCCCACGUCGUCUGAACUAUUUCAGAUGUUUGUGGACUGUCUGGAUGUGACUGCACUUGAGCCUGAUAACAGAGCUCGGCUUUGAUUUCUACAAAAGCUCUUUGUGUGAGAUGCUGAACACAUUCCAUCUUAUCGUAUUCUCAUCUGUUUGUUCUAUUUUUCCCAAAUGGAAUUGUGUGCUUUAUUGGGCUGCCGAUAUGUACUUUAUUUAAAUGCUAUGUAAAUGUAUGGAUGUACAGUUUAAAUGAAUUAUUUCUUAAGAGUGCCUACACUAAACAAUGUGUUUGUGGGCUGUCAAGUUUUUUCUUUGUUUCUGUCAAUCAUAUCAGAAAAUGUUUGUGUAAAAUCCCACAAUAAAACAUGAAAACACA